UGGGGGAGGAUGCUUUGGGUGACGACAAUCUACGGAUUUCUGUCGUCAUUUUCGUAGAACGUGAGGAGUGUUUUGGGUCUCGCAUUCGAGGAGGGAGGGGAAUAAGUUGAAAGUAUUAUUUAAUUGCGGAGUUCCUGGAGAAAUUAAUGCGGAAAUAGUUGGGACAGGGGAAGAUCACCGGCCAGGGUGAUAGAUUAGGCAGAAUUAGAAGAAUUGCACGGUCUCGGGGAUUUAAAACGAAUUUUUUCGGAUUUUUUUUUAGACUCUUGAGAGGUUAACAUCUACGUUAAGGACAGACCCAGUGGAGGGCUGUCAUCAUGUUUGGCAAUACCGGCAACACCUCAUUCGGAGGUUUCAGCACAGCGACUCAGAGCAGCCCCUUCGGUCAAUCGAGCUUCGGUAAACCGAUAUCCACGACCACAGGCUUCGCUACAGCAACGCCAGUAUUUGGCGCCAACAAUACCACCUCGCUGUUCAAUGUGAAACCGGCGGGUACCACCACGGGUGGCCUUUUCGGAAGCACACCGGCUACCACAGCCUUCGGACAGCCAGCCACAACCCAGUCGUCGUUCGGGGGCUUUGGCACCAGCACCGCCAAUACCAGCCUCUUCGGAACCCAGCAGAAUGCCAACACCAGCAUCUUCGGAACUGGAGGAACGACAUCCGCUUUUGGACAGACGCAGAAGCCCGCGGGUUUUGGGUUUGGAACUAGCACAGGGACUUCCCUGUUUGGCCAGCCACAACAGCCUGUUCAGCAGGCAACUCCUUUUGUCCAGAUGAAUAAUACCGCUAAUACCAGCCUUUUUGGGAACCCCGGGGGAUUCAGGGCAGGGACAACCACCACCGGCAUCACUGGAACUGGAAUGGUAAAAUUCAGCCCGGUUACUGGAACCGACACAAUGGUGAAGAACGGAGCAACGCAGAACAUCUCGACGCGUCACCACUGCAUAAUAGGGAUGAAAGAGUACGAGAAUAAAUCGCUUGAGGAACUCCGGCUGGAGGACUAUACAGCCGGUCUAAAAGGUCCAGCACAACCCGGGCAGACAACAAGCCUGUUCGGAACCCCCACUCAAACAUCUCCCUUCGGCAACACAGGUGCCAUCACCAGCACAGGAACCACGGGAUUCGGCUCUAUGGCCACCGGGUUUGGCACCACCAAUCAAUCGACAACAUCAGGCGGUCUCUUCGGUAAAACAGUUCCAAGUUUUGGCGCUCCAGCAACCACCACAAGUGCCUUCGCCUUCAACAACUCAGCGACGUCUUCAGGCCUCUUCGGAACAAAUACCCAGGCUAAGCCCUUCGGUGCACCUGCCUCGACGACUUUAUUCGCCAAUACCAGCACCAAUCAGCCAGCUACAGGUUUCGGAACCCUCAACACCAGCCAGAGCACGAGUUUCGGUGGAUUUGGGGCGCCCCAACAGAACCAGAGCCUUGGACUGUUCAGUCAGAACAAACCGGCCUUCAGUAUCGCUCCAGCAACGUCCAACACUGGCUUUGGAUUUGGCCAGACAACACCAGCCAGCACUACCAACAGUUUAUUUGGUGCUAAACCGAUUGGAACGACUGGAUUUGGAACUACUACCACUGGAUUCGGUGCAACACCAGCUCCUGCCUUUGGCACAACUCCAGGAUUCGGGACAACUUCCAACACCAGCACAUCUCUAUUCACCACUCCGUUCAAGCCAGCGACGCAAACCAGUGGCUUCUCCUUCGGGGCAACACCAGCAGCCACAUCUGCACUGGGGACCAACACUGGUUUGACCCUGGGUGGAACUUCCUCAUUGUUUGGUCAGAACAAGCCUGGAGGCCUCUUUGGUAAUCCCUCGACGACCUCGACCUUCAAUAGUCUUGGAACCUUUGGAACUCCUGGAGCUUUUGGAACAACUGGUACCACCAACACUGGACUUGGGAUGAAUCUUCUGGGAGGGAUGAACAAUCCUGUUCAACAGAAUUCCUCAUCUGUUCCCGUCCACCAGCAGAUACUGGCGCUGGUGUCAGCACCUUUUGGAGACUCUCCAUUACUGAAGAACCUUCUUCCAGCGUCUGGUAAAGCCGCAGAAAUCCUGAAGCCGUCAAAUGCACCAGCUGGCAAGAACAUGCACUCCCAAUUCAAAGUUUCAACGGCGAAUUCCCCGAAAGUGAAGGCCAGGGUUGUCACUCCAGCGCAGUUAUCGAAGAAAUCGUUGUUCGAGGGCCUGGAGGAGGAGGAUCCAACUCUGCUGGAGGCGUUCCAGCCGAGAUCCAAUGCAAAGCGUUUGGUGCUUCGCCCUAAGCCCCUCGUAAACACUUCCUCGACACCUGAGACCAACUCCAGUCCCAAGAACAACGAGACCAGUCAGCUGGAGGGACAGGAAGUCUUUCCUGAGGAGCCGGUCGACAAGGAAAACUAUCAGGGACAGAAAAACGGUCGGAGAUCAUCCUCCACCUCCUGGUUGAGGAAGAAGAUCUUCACAAAGUAUAUGAAUAGCGAUGGGGAGGAGUUCGAUGGACAGAAGUCCCCCUUCAACUCAUCUGAUAAUCCUGAAGAGGCUCUGGAGAACACCGUCUCGGAAUUUCGUAGCAACGAGAAUCAUCAGGGAAAGGGCACAUCAUCACCACCAACUAAUAGCAGUCUCAACUGUUCCCUGGGGGAGAAGAGUCCAGGGGAGUCUGCUGGAUUCAGUGACUCCACUCGAGACCUGGACGAGAGUGCAUUGUCCUUCAAGGGCGAUUGUUCAGAGGCCAAUGCAGCUAAAGUGACUCUUCGUCGGGCUGGAUAUUACACGAUUCCUCCAGUGGAUCAGCUCGAAGAGUUUGUCCGUGGGGAGAGUUGUGUUGUUCCCAACUUCACCAUCGGCAGGAAGGGAUAUGGAAACGUCUACUUCCCCGAUUCCUUCGAUAUUUAUGGCCUGAACUUCGAUGAGAUCGUAUACUUUCGUCACAAGGAGGUUGUUAUCUAUCCUGAUGAUGAUAAAAAGCCACCGGUCGGACAGGGACUCAAUAGAAGGGCUCAGGUCACCCUCGACAGGGUCUGGCCACAGGACAAGAGUCUUCAUGAACCCAUCACAGAUCCUCACAGGCUCAUAUCCAUGAAUUACGAGGCUAAAUUGAGGAGAGUCUCUGAGAAACAUGAUAUGAGGUUCCUGGAAUAUCGACCGGAGACUGGCUCGUGGGUCUUCAAGGUCGAUCAUUUUUCGAAAUAUGGGCUCAGUGAUUCUGACGAUGAGGAUGAUGUACUUGUGAAUCAGAAUGUGAAGAAGAUCAGGGCUGAGGGACAGACCUUUUUGGUCUCCAACAGAACUGCAGCGAAAAAGAAACCAGCGAGUGGGUUGAAGCAGGUACAGCUGAUCGGUAAUCAGAAGAUUCAGGGCUUCGGGGAGGUAAUGGAGAUGGGUGAGGAACCAGAAGAUGAGGAGGACGAGGUUAAGUCACCUGUUCUGGGAGAAAAUAGAGAGAAACAGACAGCUCUGAGUCCAACAUCGAUUUACGCGAGAUUAGCUGGCACUGACAGCCACAAACUCCAGCUGAUGAAGGCAAGUUUUUUUGACGCUGGUACCAAUGGAGAUGAUCCUUACAAUUACCCCCCUGAGGACAUGUUCAAACCCUUAGAUGAUACGAAGGAGCAAAUCGAUGGAUUUAUCCCGAAAACGUCUACUUUCAUUCGUCAGGACAAUUUGUCUUUUUCAAAGUCAAUGUCCAAUGAGUCUCUGUACGUCGAGAAGGGGAAAGACUCGAAAGGACUCAUCAGGAAUAAGUCUGAGCUUGAGGCCAAGUCCGAGAAACCACAGGCGUUGACCAAGUACUUUCCCCCACCGAUCGUCAACCCCACGACGAUUAUUCUCAAGUUCAGGUGUGAAGUGAUCCCCCUGAAGGAGACACUCAGCAGUAAACUGAAGUUCCAAUGCAUCAGUGACAUUGGAAUCCAGAUGGGGAGGAAGUUCAAGCCCUGCUGGGGACCAGGAUUAACCCUGAUAUCCCUGAGUAGCCAGGAGCAGGCGUCGAUGGUGCCACUGCAGAAUAAAUUCAGUCAGAUCGAGAGCUACAUGUCGGGAAGAUUAAUGGACGAUCACACGUCGACGAGCAUCAUCCAACGUCUUCAGAUUCUCGGAGGGACGAGGGCGGAUGCUGAUUACCUCGAGAUCUUCAAAGACAGCAUCGAGACACAUCUACUCAUCCAGUUGAAGAACUCAGUGAUAGGACGGGAGGGUAAUUGUCCCUGGAUUUGUGCUGGUACUGGUGAUGCGGGUCUGAAUGCCCUCCACCAUCACUGCAAUCUCGCCCAGGAGCUGGCAAAUCAAUUCGAUGACCAUCAAUCUAUUUACGCUGCCGAGGUGUGGCAGCUGUGUGUCGCCCUCUGGGGAAAUCUCCCCCACAUCGACCCGGAUACGAGCUCCGAGAGCCACGAAAAUGUCAUGAUCAGACGAGAAGCCUUUGGAGAUUGGCUGAAGGAGGUCCUCGAGACUUCUCUUCAGAACGACGAGUCAGGAGUUGAAAAGAGUGGAUCCAUCCUGUCUCUGCUGUCAGCUAAUAAACUGGAGGAGGCCUGUGAAAUGGCUAGAAAAUCAGGUGAUUACUCCCUUGCGCUGCUGAUCUCCCAGUUAGGAGGUACCUCCUCGGUGAAGGAGCUCAUAAAACAGACGAUAGCCCUCUGGCAGGCCACUGACAUGCUCCCCAACAUCGCCCUGGAGCGCCUGAAGAUCUACAUGCUGGCUGCUGGCACUCACCUCAUCAUGUUCAACGACGAAACCGUGAACGUCUGCGAGGAUUUGGAUUGGAGAAGAGCUCUUGCCAUUCAUCUCUGGUAUCUCUCAUCUCCAACGGCCUCCAUAACCGACGUUCUGGAGCUGUUCGAGGGAUCUUUCAAUCCUGAAUCCACCGACCAGAUCUACGCAGCCCCACCUGUACCGGAGUACAAAGAGGAAGAGUUCGAGGGUGAGGUCGUUGGGAAGAAGACCUACGAUCUCUGCUAUCACUUAAUCAAACUCUACUGCACUGGCAAUCAUUCCCUCGAGGAACUGCUGAACCCACUCACCCACACAUCUGAUCCACUUGACUACAGACUCAGUUGGCUUCUUCAACAGGUCAUCGUGGGACUUGGAUAUUCCCAUUUGUCGGAGCACGUUGCCACGAUGACUCACACUAAUUUAGCUGCACAGUUGGAGGCACACGACCUCUGGCACUGGGCGAUAUUCGUCGAUCUCCACCUGAAUGACGUGGGGAUCAGGAGAAAAGCUGUCCUCGAUCUGCUGUCUCGUCAUGUCCAGAUCGACGAGGACCCAGAGUACGUUGAGAGGGAGACGUUCCUCGUGAAGGAGCUGGAGAUCCCCUCGAUGUGGAUCGACGAGGCGAAGGCUGUCAAGGCUCUCGCUGUUAAGAGGUACGGCGAGGCCGCUUGGUAUCUUCUACAGGCACAGCAGUGGAACCAGGCACACGACGUCAUCAUCCAACAUCUGGCUGCUGAUGCUGUCAUCAACGAGAAUUACGAGUACCUCAGGGACCUGCUGGGACCUCUGGUGCCAGCUGAGUGCCACAAUCUGGUGAAUGGAUGGAGCCAUCAGGGACAGCUGCUAUGGGACUACAUGGAGAUAGCUGGGGAGAUCGAGAGCUUCGUCAAGGCCAAGGACGUGGGGAAAAUUGGGUAUCGGCUGGAGAUGCUGCAGCCACAGUUGAGUUCGUUGUGCACGAAAAUCAACUUGUUUCCUUGCACCACUGCUAAGUUGACACUCUGUCAAGCGGAAAUCGCCAAGAGGACUCUUCAUCUAGCUAGGAGUUUACUCAUGAUGCAGCCCAAUGACGAUAGAUCAACCACGAGAGUUCUCGUGCACUUGGUAUCACAGCUACCAUUACCUGAGGAUUAUGCGCAGCAGGAGCUGAGACCGUUGAUUAAUAUGUGUGUUAAUGAAAUUAUUGGACGUUGAGGGGUAGCUAGGGACCUGGGGGGUCUGGGAAUUAAUUUUCUUGUCAACAAGAGAGGGUUUUUUAUCGCUGAUAGCCCCCACGGGGGCGGGGGGGUAGAAUGAAUUUCAUUUGGGGAUUCGUAAUCGAAAGGGAUCUUCUUUUAAUUUUUUCUUCUCAAUAGUCCAAUCGCUCUACAUUUACCCAGGUUUUUUCAUAGAACUCUCUGAAAUUCAGCCGAUUACCAUCGCAGAAUGGAUUUGCAUUAGUUGAAGGAAUAUUUUCAUGAUUUUGAUGUUGAUAAUGAAGAGUGACAGCUCAUGUAAAUAUUGAUGAGUGUGGAGUUAUAUUCCUUUUUCUACUGAUGAUGACACACUGAAAGGGUCUGGUAAGGGGACAUGGUAGUUCUAGGAAAUAUGUAAUUAAAUUGUACCAGAAUUAAUCCUUCAAUUUAUAUUUUUUGUCGUUGCAAUUAAGCCUGAAUAAAUCCGAAUUAUGGAUGAAUGGAAAAAUAAAUAAAUCAAGAUUGAAAACAAA